AUGGCGCAAAACGACGACGUGGAAUUGCGAGGGGAGAAGGAGGAGCGUAUAAUCAACGAAGAAUACAAGAUCUGGAAGAAGAACACUCCUUUCCUCUACGAUCUCGUCAUCACACACGCCCUCGAAUGGCCUUCCCUCACCGUCGAAUGGCUCCCCGGACGCGAGGAGCUUCCCGGUCAAAAUCACUCCGUCCAGAAGAUGAUCCUCGGUACCCACACUUCCGACAACGAACCCAAUUACCUCAUGAUUGCUCAGGUUCAGCUUCCCGUUGACGACACCGAGAGCGAGGCGCGUCAAUACGACGACGAUCGCGACGAGUUUGGUGGGUUUGGUUGCUCCAUCGGAAAGGUGCAAGUUAUACAGCAGAUGAUUCAUGAAGGUGAGGUGAAUCGAGCUCGAUACAUGCCUCAGAAUCCUUUUAUGAUUGCUACGAAGACGGUUAGUUCGGAGGUGUAUUUAUUUGAUUACAGUAAGCACCCUUCGAAGCCACCGCUUGAUGGAGUUUGUAAUCCUGAUAUGAGGCUAAGGGGUCAUAGCUCUGAAGGGUAUGGGCUGGCUUGGAGUAAGUUUAAGGAAGGUCAUUUGCUUAGUGGAGCUGAUGACUCUCAGAUUUGUUUGUGGGAUAUUAGUGGUAAUCCUGUAAGCCAGACUCUUGACGCUCAGCGGAUCUUUAAGGCUCAUGAAGGCGUUGUGGAAGAUGUUGCAUGGCAUAUGAAAAAUGAACACCUGUUUGGAUCCGCUGGGGAUGAUCAAUACCUUCAUAUAUGGGAUCUGCGUUCUCAAUCUACUAGUAAAUCAGUACAAUCUGUGGAAGCUCACUCCAUGGAGGUUAACUGCUUAGCCUUCAAUCCAUUUAAUGAGUGGAUCGUGGCAACAGGGUCAACUGAUAAGACUGUCAAAUUAUUCGAUCUACGGAAGUUAACCAGCGCUAUUCACACAUUUGAUAGCCAUGAGGAAGAGGUUUUCCAAGUUGGCUGGAAUCCAAACAACGAGACUAUCUUAGCCUCAUGUUGCCUUGGUAGAAGGCUUAUGAUUUGGGAUGUUAGCAGGAUCAACGAGGAACAGACAGCAGAGGAUGCAGAGGACGGCCCACCGGAGCUGCUGUUUAUCCAUGGUGGUCACACUAGCAAAGUCACAGAUUUCUCGUGGAACCCUUGUGAAGAUUGGGUUAUUUCCAGUGUAGCUGAGGACAAUAUACUACAGAUAUGGCAAAUGGCUGAGAAUAUUUAUCAUGACGAGGAUGAUGGUCCAGGUACAGGGGGAGAACCAACAAAAGAUUCUUAGCUUACCGUUUGGUUCAUAUCUUAUGCUACAUUAUUCUUUUUAUACAUCUCUGCCCUUUUGAUCUGUUCAAGUAUUUAAUGUAAGUUGUGGAAACAAGAUCUAAUAAGAUGAGUUUAAU